AUGACGGAGAGAACGUUUGUGUGCAGUGAUGGUUUUUCCUUGGCAGCUCAGUGCUACCGUCCCCCCUCCACUCCUACCAACGUGACGCAGACGCAUAAUAAAAAGAUUCUGCUGCUUCAUGGCUGGUUGGACAAUUGUCGCUCUUUUUGGAAACUGGCUCCCAACUUACUCGAGUCGUCGUAUGAAGUGGUGGCGUUGGAUUUGCCGGGUCAUGGACUCAGUGAUCAUCGCCCUCCAGCAGGACCCACUGUGAUGUUGCCCGAAGCCGUUUAUUACGUGGCAGAAGUUCUGGACAAACUCGAGUGGAAUCAUCAAGUGACUCUCAUUGGACACUCCAUGGGAGCUGCCAUUUCCUUGGCAUACACGGCGGCAUUUCCAGAACAAGUCGAACGACUCGUGUUGCUGGAAGGUGUGGGGCCUCUCACCAAACCAGACGAAGACGUCACCAAACAUUUAAGAAGGCACGUGGAAAGUAGAAUGAAAGGAAACGUCUCACUCUAUUUUAAUAAUGACAAGAAAGGACCACGUUUACACGCAUCUUUGGACGCGGCCAUUGAAACACGCAGAAAGACAGCCACGUUGUCACCGGGCAAUCAGUACUUGUCCCAAGAAGCUGCCACGGAAUUGGUCACUCGAGCCACUCGUCCACAUGGCACUCAAGUCCAGUUCCUGCACGAUUAUCGAUUGACGUGGCCAUCUCUCAUGUACAUGACACAUACUCAAGUGGCUGCCUUGCAGCAAGCCGUUCGGGAUUGUCCCACGUGCAUUCUGUUGGCCGAGGACGGAUGGCCUUUUGAGCAGGAACGGCUGGACGGAGUAAAGGAGCGCAUCCAACCACAACAAUUCGCCAUCCUUCCAGGAUCCCAUCAUUUUCAUGCCGAUCCAGCCUCGGCCGAUCUCGUCAGUGAGCACAUUCUUCAGUUCCUCGAGUCUUCAACAAGCUAA